GUGUGUGUUUUAACAAAAUCAUAUCCUUUUCAAUUCCAUGAACUUGGGAUUUUUUACAAAUUGUUGAUCAUCAGAUUAGCUAUUUGAGAUUUUGAGAUUGAUCGCAUAGAAUUGAUCAAAUUUUUAACCCAAAGACGAGACUUUUACUGGCAAAUUGUCACCUGCUCGCUGCUGCUCCUGCUGCUGCUCUGGUCGUCGCUGCAGUGCUCUGCUCUGCCAGCUCCCACUGGUCGUGGUGGUGGUGGUUGCUCAUACCCAUCUCACCUCUCUCCAUUGAUGGCGAGAGACGAAUACCUGUCUUCUUGGGCGGAACCCAUGUGCCCUCUUUAUUGCACACGUAGCCGCGUUUGUCCAUUUCCUGCGUGGUCGGUCCUUUCCCGUGCUGCUGCUCUCGUCGCAGCGCAGGCGAGAAAGAUUCCCCUUUCCCUUUCAUUUCGCCGCAGUUUUCUCGGUGCGCUGUGCUCGAGUUCUUCUGGAGCCGGAGUUCGCAGUGUCAAAAUCUCUCCUUGCGGCAUUCCGGUGUGGAAUUCGAGGCGUUCUGCUGUCGAUUUUGGUCGAAAAGUCGCGUUGUUCCAGUGAAGUUAAAGCUCCUGCCGCCGUCUCCGCCGCCGCUUUCUUGCUCCCUAUGCCACUCUAAAUAGAUCAGUGAAAUCGCCAUUACUUUCUGGGAAAUGGCACCUUUUUGCUUGUCCCUAACAACCUUCUUGCUCUUGUUCCCUCUAUCGGAGCAAAUUCAACCACCACACACACAGUUACUGCUGCAGAUGAGGAAGCAACUUGAGUACCCAAAUCUGCUCGAUGCUUGGAACACCACCGACGAUCUCUGUUACUCACCUUCUUCCCCAAACCUAAGCGUCACUUGCAAUGGAAGCUCAGUCACAGAGCUCAAGAUUGUGGGCGACAAGCUCGCGAAGCCCGGCGAGUAUGAUUGUCGCUCAGUCCCAGGGAAGACACUGUCCGCAGCCUUCGUCGUCGAUUCCUUCGUCACAACUCUGGCCAGGCUGACCACGCUGAAAGUUCUUAUCUUGGCUUCUUUAGGGAUCUGGGGGCCUCUUCCAGCCAAGAUUCACCGACUGUAUUCGCUCGAACUACUCGAUCUGAGCUCUAAUUUCUUGUGCGGUUCCAUUCCUCCUAAGAUUUCUGCCAUGGCAAAGCUUCAGACGAUCUCCCUUGACGGAAACCAUUUCAAUGGCACAGUUCCAGAUUGGUUUGCAUCAUUAGCAAACCUCACACUCGUGAGCUUGCAGAGAAAUAGCCUCGCCGGGCCGAUCCCCGAUUCGAUAGGGAGAAUUAGCAAACUCACCGGACUUGUUUUGUCCGGCAAUAGUAUUUCCGGUGAAAUCCCUGAUCUUAGUAGGCUAAACAAUCUCGAGUUGUUGGAUUUGAGGGAUAACAAUUUAAAUUCUGAGCUGCCAGACAUGCCGACUCGUCUGGUUACAGUCUUGCUUAGCAAGAACUCACUGGCCGGUGAGAUUCCACCGCAAUUUGGGCGAUUGGAUCGGCUUCAGCACCUCGAUUUAUCGUUUAACUUACUGGAGGGCACUCCACCUGCUGCUUUGUUCUCUUUGCCAGACAUAAACUAUUUGAACCUCGCGUCUAACUCGCUCAGUGGAUCACUGCCGGACAGUUUAACUUGCAGUGGUCAACUUGGAUUUGUCGACAUGUCUACUAACAGGCUCAGCGGUCAAUUACCGUCUUGUUUGAUCUCCAAUUCUAAUAAGAUUGUUUUAAACUUCAGUUGGAACUGUCUGUCCGUUGAUACUCAGCAUCAGCAUGAUUCUGAAUUCUGCCAUUUGAGUUCCACGAAUGAGAUGGAUUCCAGAAAGAAGAACAGGCCGCCAUUGGUUGUUGUUAUUGUCGGUGGAAUUCUCUUUGUGAUGGUAUUGGCUUUGUUAGUUCUUGUUAUGUCUCGAAGAAGAAACUGUCAUCGAGCAGUAGUAGAACAAGGAGUAUCGCUAAAGCCAGCACCAGAUAAUUCAGCUGCAGGAAUAUCAUCUGAGCUUCUUGCCAAUGCAAGGUUUAUUUCUGAAACAAUGAAGCUUGGAACACAAGAAUUGCCAUUGCAUCGGGCAUUUUCCUUGGAGGAAUUGAAAGAAGCCACAAACAAUUUCGAGCAAUCAGCAUUCAUUGGUGAGGGAUCGAUCGGCAAGUUGUACAAAGGGAGAUUGGACAAUGGAAUCCUUGUGGCUAUACGAUGCUUGGCAUUGUUCAAGAAGUACUCGAUUAGAAAUCUGAAGCUGCGGUUGGAUCUGCUAUCGAAACUUCGCCAUCCCCACUUGGUCUGCCUCUUGGGCCACUGCAUUGAUACAGAUCAAGACGAUUCUAGUGUCAACAGAGUCUUCCUCAUCUAUGAAUAUGUCUCUAAUGGAGAUCUCCGCGCACAUUUGUCUGAACACAGCCCUGAGAAGGCGCUUAAGUGGUCAGAUAGACUAGCAGUUUUGAUAGGCAUCGGAAAGGCAGUCCACUUCUUACACACCGGAGUAAUUCCAGGCUUCUUCAACAAUAGACUGAAAGCAAACAAUAUCUUACUCGAUGAACAUUUGAUAGCUAAAGUGAGUGACUAUGGGCUAUCGAUUAUAACAGAAGAAAUCUACAAGCACGAGGCAAAUGCAGAAUGUCGAAAACCUACUUACCGAAGAUCGCCGUAUCUGGAAAUGGCACACUUGGAAGAUGAUGUUUAUUCGUUCGGUUCCAUUUUACUAGAAGCACUUAUGGGGCCGGCACUUUUGAAGAAAGGUGCUGAACAUUGCCUAAAGGAACUGGCCAUGUUAUCGACUAACCAGAUGGACCAAAGCAGCAUUCUUGAUCCGGUUGUAGCCUCUUCCUCGCAAGAGUCUCUAUCGAUCACGAUUUCUAUCACAACCAAGUGCAUGUCCCGGGAGUCUUCUCGCCCCUCGAUAGAGGAUGUGCUGUGGAACCUGCAAUAUGCUGCACAGGUCCAGGCCACGGCCGACGGGGACCAGAGCCGGGCCACCUAAUUGUCAUCUAAACUAGGACAGUAACAAAAAAAAAUGAUGAAUCAGGUAACACCGAACCUAGAGAAAAAAUCUAUGUAAAUUGCGAACUAGGACAGGAACAAAAAGAUGAUGCCAAAAGGGGUGUCAUUCCUUGUUCAUGCAUUUCAAAAAAAAAAGUCCUCACUAGAUUAUUCUUGUGAUUUUAUUUAUACAUCUGAAUGUUUUUGUAACAAAUGUUGGUCAUCUUCAACUUAGGAAAUGGAGGUAGUUUUAGCUGUUUAUAUCAUC